CGCGUGGACAGCGACGCAAACCUCCAAACCUUAUCCGCCAUGGUUCUCAUCUGGACACAGUUCGGUGUGAAGCACAAAAAUGUCAAUGUCAAGUGCAAAGUGAGAGUUAUGCACAGGGGUGACAGCUCGGGAUCAUCAUCAUCAGCGGAAAGCAUCAAGUCUGAGCAGGAUGCUCCCUGUCUCUCCAUCAAACCAACUGGCAAGGACUUCUACAAAGUCCUGGGAGUGACGCCAGACUCCAAUGAAGAUGAGAUCAAGAAAGCUUACAGAAAGAUGGCUCUGAAGUUCCACCCAGACAAAAACAGCGAUGCUGAUGCAGAGGACAGGUUCAAAGAAAUUGCAGAGGCCUAUGAGAUCUUGACUGACCCCAAAAAGAGGAGCAUAUACGACCAGUUUGGAGAAGAAGGUCUUAAAAAUGGAAUGUCAGUGGCAAGCCAAGGUACCGCCUAUCGCGGUACUGGCCCCACCGACCCCCACGCCACCUUCUCCUCUUCCUUCCAUAACUCAGACUAUUUUGACAUCUACUUCACCUCCGACUUUGAUGGUGAUGACGACCUCUUCAACCCCUUCAGGAAAUUCACCUUCAGCCAUGUGGCCGGCAAAACCGCCCACGAGGGCGGGGUGCGGAGGGGCCAGAAGCGCCUGCAGGGCGAGGCCGUGCUGCACGACCUGCUGGUGACUCUGGAGGACGUUAUGCACGGCUGCACCAAGCACGUUAAGAUCACCCGUAGCCGCCUCAACUCCGAUGGCCACAGCCUGCGGUCUGAGGAAAAGGUGCUGAACGUGGUGGUGAAGAAAGGCUGGAAAGCUGGGACCAAGAUCACCUUCCCCAGAGAAGGAGACGAGACGCCUGACAACACACCUGCAGACAUCACCUUCAUUCUCAGGGACAAGGAGCACUCGCAGUACAAGAGGGAUGGUUCCAACAUUGUCUACACAGCCAAGAUCACCCUCAAGGAGGCCCUGUGUGGAUGCACGGUUAACGUUCCAACACUUGACAACCGGAUGAUGCCUUUGCCGUGCAGUGACGUGAUUAAACCCGGCGCUGUAAGGCGGCUGAGGGGCGAGGGUCUGCCGCUCCCCAAGAGCCCGUCCCAGAGAGGCGACUUGGUGGUGGAGUUCCAGGUGCUUUUCCCCGAUCGGAUCCCACCUCAGUCCCGUGAGAUCAUCAAGCACAGCUUGGCCAAGUGCUAACCUGC